AUGGAGCAGGCGGUCUCGCAAGAAGGCUUUAUGUCGGCAGUUGAGCACCACGGCUUCCCGCUGUCGAGAUCCGAGGCUGACAUGCUCUUUAACCGGCUUGCCCGGCGGAAGCUGAACCAGCCUCCGAGCCUGUCCUUCGAGGACUUCCAAGCUUGCAUGAUGAGCUUGCCGAAUCCUCUCCCGCAGGCGCAGUGGGGAAGGGACCUGAUCAAGUCCGUGGACAAGAUAACCCGUUCCCAAGGAACACCGCUGGAGAAUCUCUUCAAACAGCUUGGAGCAGAAUCGGUAGCAGCACUCGACGUUCAAGCGGUUCUGUCGAGAUACUCUCCUCAGCCUCUCAGCACUGCACAGUGGUCAAACUUGCUGCCCUUGCUGGACAAGAAGCCCGAUGGGUCUGUGCUGUGGCCCACGAUGUUGAGAUGGGCUGGAGUCGAGACGUCGUCCACUUAA